UCUUAUCUUCUCUCUUUGAUUCACACCUCACAUUUGCACUUCCAUGACAGAGAGCUCUAUGACUUGAGAUGGACCCAGGAAAUAUUAAAUACUCAUCAAUAGAAAAAAAACAGAACCAUAGCCAAGUAGAAUAUUUCCAUGUUCACCUUCUAUGUGAUCAGUGGUAAUACAACAAAAUACUAAUUGAGGCAAAUACGUUACUCAUAUUCUGCUACAGUUCAAUAGUGCACUGAAGUAUUAAAAUUCCGGGUCAUAUUAAGAUCAUGGUUCGCAUGAUUUCAAGUGAAUAACAUAAUUCCAUCACAUGUUUUACUGGUCUUUCUCUUCUAUGGAAUUUCCAUACCAAGUCAUGAGAGUGACUCAAGCAAGGCAGGCUUAACAUUGAGAUCUGUCAAGGACAUACACUUUCCUUCUGGUUUCUUACUAAGACGUAUGGAUUAAUUAAGAAAAACUAUGGUGGGGUAAUUAUAACUUGGUCACCAAGAAAAAGAGCCUCUUCUCCAUUAUAUAUACCAGUAUCUUGACUCUAAGCACAGAGAAUCCAACCAACCAUCCUCAAGAUGAUGAUGAUGGGAGAAAUGUGGCCUCAGCUGGGCUCAGUGAUUGCCAGUGCCAUGUUUGCAUAUGCCAUGUUUCAACAAUACUUUCCUUAUCAACUUCGAGGCCCUAUUGAAAAAUAUACCCAGAAAUUGUUUGGCUAUGUGUACCCUUACAUCCAAAUUUCCUUUGAUGAAUAUACCGGCGAGUGGUACAAGCGCAGUGAACUCUUUGCUACCAUCCAAAGCUACCUCAGCACCAAGUCCUCUACAGAAGCGAAACGGCUGAAAGCUCAAGAUGUCAAAGACAGCAAGUCUCUAGUCCUUGCCAUGGAUGAUAAUGAAGAGGUGACGGAUGAGUUUCAAGGCAUUAAGCUGUGGUGGGCUUCCAGGAAAAACCCGCCUAAACAAUCUUCAUUCUCCUUCUAUCCUCAGUCUGAUGAGAAGAGACAUUAUAAGCUGACCUUCCACAGACGCCACCGCGAUAUAAUCAUGGGGUCUUAUCUUGACCAUGUCAGGAAACAAGGUAAGGCAAUAGCAGUGAGCAACAGGCAAAGAAAGCUCUACAUUAACAAUCCUGCUCAGAAUUGGUCUGGAUACAAAGCAACUAAAUGGAGCCCUGUAGUCUUUGAGCACCCUGCAACAUUUGAGACCAUAGCAAUGGAGCCGAAAAAGAAAGAGGAAAUCGUCAAUGACCUCAUCAAGUUCAGCAAGGGAAAAGACUACUAUGCAAAAAUAGGGAAGGCUUGGAAGCGCGGUUAUCUACUGUAUGGGCCACCAGGCACUGGUAAGUCCACCAUGAUUGCUGCCAUGUCUAACCUCAUGAACUAUGAUGUUUAUGAUCUUGAACUGACCACGGUGAAGAACAACACUGAGCUGAGGAAGCUGCUGAUUGACACUCCAAACAAGGCUAUUAUUGUGAUUGAGGACAUUGAUUGCUCGCUUGAUCUCACGGGGCAACGAAAGAAGAAGAAGGAGAAGGAUGAUGAAGAUAAAGAAGAAAAUGAUCCGAUUAAGAAAAUGAGAGGAGGAGAAGAAAGCAAACCAAGUGAGGUUACGUUAUCCGGGCUAUUGAACUUCAUUGAUGGUAUUUGGUCAGCUUGUGGAGGUGAAAGAAUCAUUGUGUUCACCACUAAUUAUGUGGACAAACUUGAUCCUGCCCUCAUAAGAAGAGGAAGGAUGGACAAGCAUAUUGAAUUGUCCUACUGUUGCUAUGAAGCAUUCAAAGUGCUUGCAAGGAACUAUUUGGAUCUGGAGUCACAUGAACUGUUUGGUACCAUUGAACGGUUAUUGGGGGAGACCAACAUGACUCCAGCUGAUGUGGCAGAGAAUUUGAUGCCCAAAUCUGAUAUAGAGGAUGCUGAAUCUUGUUUGAAGGCCUUGAUUGAAGCUCUCAAGACGGCAAAGGAGGAGGCAAGAGUGAAGGCUGAGGAAGAAGUGAAACUGAAGGCAGAGGAAGAAGCCAAACUGAAGGCAGAGGAAGAAGCAAAAUUGAAGGAAGAGGAAGAAGCAAAAUUGAAGGCAGAGAAAGAAGAGAAGGAAAAGGUCGAGUCUGCUAUAGAAGAAGUGAAGUGUAAAUUAUGUAAUGGAACAUCAGCCAAACAAGAUGGGAAAGAAAAUGAAGACAUCCAUUGAAGAUGUGGAAAGAGACUCAAAUAAUCUGGAAUUCUGCUUAACUAGAACUGGUGGUUAAAGUAGUGUGCAAUAAGAAUUAUUUAGAAGUUUUUACAUUUCGCUUAGCAAUUAAUGAUCAUUUUUAUGAGUUUUAAUGAAAUAAAAAAUUCAUGUUUCACGAAA